AUGUCAUCAUCAUUAAUAUUUACAAUCCAACGAUCUAGACCAUUACAAGGUCUAUUAGCAAUAUUCAUAUUCAUAAUUUUAUAUUUCACAUUUUUUACAUCAUUAUUUUCAUCAUCAUCAUCUACUUAUUCACCAGAAGAAAUUAAUUCAAUAUUACAAAAUAAACAAAAAUCAUUAUUAAGUCUAGAUAAAGUAGAAUUAAAACAACAAGAAUUAAAAGUUCCAUUUUUAGAUGAUUCAAAUUUUAAUAUUAAAAAUUGGUAUACUAAUGGAAAUACAUUUGUUAGAAAUGAUCAAUAUAUUAGAUUAACAUCAAAUUCACAACACCUUGCAUCGAAUAUUUUCAGCAAAGCACCUAUUCAAGCAGAAAGUUUUGAAAUGGAAUUAACUUUUCAUAUUCAUAAUGAACAACGAAGAUUAGUUGGUGAUGGUUUAGCUAUUUGGUUUUUAAAUAGUCCUUCUAAUAUCGGUGAUGUUUUCGGAGUUGAGAAUUAUUUUAAUGGGUUAGGUAUUAUGAUUGAUACUUAUAAAAAUGGGAAACGUGGAAGUUUUCCAUAUGUUAAUUUAAUGCUUGGUGAUGGUAAAACAAGAUAUGAUAAAGGAACUGAUGGGUAUGAUACUAGACUUGCUGGUUGUAGUGCAAAGGAUGUUUUAAAUCCACCUUCAAAACAAACCAAAAUGAGAUUAGUAUAUAUUAAAGAUGGUUAUUUAUCUAUUGAUUUUAAUUAUAGAGGUAAACAUGAAGAUUGGGAAAAUUGUGUAACAUUAACUGAUGUAAAAUUACCAAGUAUUAAAUAUUUAGGAUUAUCUGCAGAGACUGGUCAAUUAUUUGAAAAUGUAGAUAUUAUAGAAAAUAAAAUAUUUGCAUUAUAUAAACCAGAUGGUCAAUUUGUUGAAUCUAUUAAUGAAUUAGAUGAAUUAAUUAAAUUACAAAAUGAAGUAGAAUCAGAAACUGCAAAUAUGGCAGACAUUGCAAAACAACAACAACAAAAAUUAAAACAAGGUGGUAGAAAUAGAGCAUUUAAAAAGAAAUUAAGUAGUGAAAAAAGGAAAUCUCUUAAAAGGUUAAAGAAUGCUGAGAAAAGAAUUAAAGAACAAGAACGUAAAAUGAGAUUACAAGAAUAUGGAGAUGAAGAUGCAACAUUUAUAAAAAGAACAUUUCAAAAAAUAUUAA